ACACACAGACAGAACAAUUGAUUCAAUACUGUGACAUGGAGCAGUGAACAUACUUCAGUGAGAGUCGUUACCUGUACACAUAUCUGGCUUGUAUCAACUUAUCUAGCAAUGUCAGCAGCAUGUAGGGAUGAUGAAGACUUACCUGUUAUGUUUGAGGCGAAUGCCCUCUAUGACUUCGAGGGGGACACACAAAAUGGAGAACUUACCCUGGCCGCAGGGGAGACAGUCUAUGUGCUGAGACAGGAUAUUGGAGAAGGAUGGUGGGAGGCCAAGAAUUCCAGAGGGGAACAAGGUCUUGUGCCGGAGUCAUACCUGGAGGUGGUGUCAAUACCCGAGCCAGAGUUCCCACCCCCACCCGUGCCCAUCCCAGCUACCGUCCCUGCCAGCCGUCCCGCAGACCUGACCCCAGCUGCCAAUGGAUGGGGUGGAGGAGGGUACAGCCAGAAUGGCCAGCAUGGUCAGCAUGGCGGCAUGCAGCAGCAGCAGAGUUACGAUGAAUGGGACGAAGACUGGGACGAUGAUGAUGAUGAUCAAUCCAGCAAUAGCACCACUGGAGGGGCAAAUCAGGACCUGCAAGGUACAGGGUCAUUUGGUCUGUCAGUGCCAAGAAGGGAACACAAGGCCCACUCUCCCACCUCUGAAAUGUCCAAAUAUGGUACCAUCAAGAGCAGUUUUAAUAGAUGGUCUCACUUUGCCAAGUCAGGAGGCGAGGCCUUCAUGAUGGGGCAGAACACAGGCAACACACGAGUGGCAGAGAGUGACCUCAUCAGGAUGAUUGAAACAGCCGAUGGGCCGGAGUGGACUCCAAUACAGACCCAGUACACAUGUGAGGUGGCAUCUCCGAAGAAGGAGAGUAAAAUGAAGGGACUCAAAAGUUAUAUUGCAUACCAGAUAACUCCAUCAUUCAAUGGUAUUCAGGUCAGUCGAAGGUAUAAACACUUUGACUGGCUACAUGAAAGGCUGGAAGAAAAAUUUCCCUGCAUCCCUAUCCCACCACUCCCUGACAAGGCAAUAUCUGUUCCAGUUUUCAGUUCAAUUACAGAUUUAGGAGGAAGAUUUUUCCUGUUAUUACAAACCCCACCACAUCCUCUUGAUUUGCGAGAAGUAGAACCUAAGAUGGAGAACCUCUGCAAGUUUGUAAUGAGUAUGACGGAGAGUACAAAAUCCUUCAUGAAUGUUCUUCAUGAACAUGCUAAGAAGCAGUCUGGUGGAUUCAAAAGCCAGUACCAUAAGAUAGGAGGUGGAUUCAAACAGCUUGCAGUAUCAUUCACCCUGGACAGCGGACAAUAUUCCCAGGCCCUGACUGGAGCCAUGGACUAUACUGCAGAUACGUACACUGAGAUCGGAGACCUUUAUGGAGAACAGCCAUCCAGAGAUACGUGGCAACUGUUUGAGUCCUUAGGGGAGUACAAGGGUAUUCUCCAUGUGUACCCUGAUGUAGUGAAGGUCCAUGAGGGAGCCAUUGGAAAGGCAAAGGAGUGUCAGAAGCUACAAGAUGAGGGGAAGAUGGGAGAGAAAGAGGUGCAGGAUGUCAUGCAGAAGGCAGACAUCAUCUCUUAUGGAACACUGGCUGAGAUGAACCACUUCCAGAAGGAAAGGGUCAUUGAUUUCAAGAAAAUGACCAAGAGCUACCUGCAGGAACAAAUCAACUUCUUUAAAACGAUAACACAGAAGCUGGAGUCAACUCUGGCCAAGUUUGAUGAUGCAUAAUACAAGUGAUUAUACUAAUAAGUGGACCAGAGUGAAUGGAAAGACAGGUGAAGAGCAUAUAUAUUGCUGGCAGGAAGUGAUGGUGGUAACAUGAUGUUUUCGGCAAAGACUCUUUGUCCAGUGGACCUGUGUACCUGAAAUGUGUGUCUGGUUAUCAGUAUCUUGACUGAGCAUUGACAGUUGACAAGGCCAGGAUGUGUUUGGAAGAUGGUGUUUGUGAGAAGAUGAGAUGGUACACAGCAGCCAUCAAACUAACAUUAGAGACAAAUUCGUGCGUGGAGUCGAGUUGUAAACAUGAUGGCACUUGGUGCUGAAAUUUUUCACAGGAACACCUGUGACAGUGAUGUCACGACAUUGCCACCGGACUCAAUUGUGUUUUUAUACUGGAGAAAUGAAUUGAUUGUUCCUUCAAUUUGUUUUGAUCCUUCCAAUGUGUUGAGCAUACUACAGAUCUAUCUACAGGAACUUCAGAACAAAAAGAGCUAUUUGAAAAAUAUAAUGGCCAUUACAGAAAUGAACAGACAAGGUUUUCAGUACUCAGCUUGACAUUUGACAUUGCCAUCCAUUUGUAUGCUCCAUACUGAUUGAAGACGUGUCCUCUAAGGACAGAAAGUUGUAUAAAUUCCAGUUGUUUAUUUUGCUUUUAAAAGCAAAGGAUAACAUAAAUUACCAAACUGAUAAUCAGUUGCAAGUGCUUUUAUUUGUGAUGAGUGAUUAAUUUACAAGAAUUGUUAAUGCUUGAACUUGAAGUUAUGCAAAGUCAAGAACAGUUUCUGUUGCAUAAUCGGAUCGGGGGAGUCUCCAGUGUACUAAAAACACCUUAUAUUGUUGAAUGAUAAUCGUAUCAUAUGUUUUAUGCAAAAACUUUGUGGAAUGUUUGUUGAUUCCAUGUGUGAGGCACUUAUGAUCAGAAAUGGCAUAUCCAUGAAGUAAUUAUGACAUGGUGUACAUGUGUACAGGGUGAAGUUACUCCUGCAUGCUCCAAUCUUGUAAGAUGUGCUUAUCUUUUGGCACAGUAGGUUAAUCUUGUGAUGGCAAGCAGGACUAAGGAGAAUUGACACAUCUUUUGUACUGGUUAUGUUUAGUGUUUGGUAUGAGAACCUAGGAAUGGUAUGCAUUGUAAGACAAGUAAUAGUUUAAUUUUUACUUUGUGUCUUAAAAACCUCUGAAAUAAUAUCUAUUUUUAUAUCCUGAGAAACACAAAUGCUGUACUGAAUGUGUGUCACUAAGAUGGUUCCAGCUGAAAUAGAGAGGCAUUCAAAAUACCAUUCAUAGCAGCAUUAAGUCCAUCUCACACACUCUUCACUGUAUAUAGAUUCAAGAUGUCCAUCCAGUCUGUGAUGACUACCCUAUUUUUGUAGAGAAAGUCCAACUAGGGCCAGUGACGUACAUGAUGCAUGUAUGCGACUCUGUAGAAACUGACAUAUUAUUGGGGGGUAUUAGUCAGCAGGGGCCAGAAUAGUCCAAUGUUCUAUUUAACAAGUAUGGGAAUACUUUCCUGUAUCAGCCUACAGCAUAAUUGAACAUUUUGAUUGUCUCUUUCCCGAUAUCUUCACUGCAGCCAGCAAUGACCUUUCAUCGGAUUGCCAAUGAAAAUGGCAAGUAUUCUUUUCUAUGAGCACAUUUUAAUUUUCUUUCAGCUGCAUAAAGUUUGAAAGUAUCAUAAUGUCCUUUUGACCAGCUAGGAUUAUGAUAGACGAUAAGGGUCUGUUGUUGAUGGACUGAUAGUGAAUGGUGAUGUCCACCAUUUAUUAACAACUGUGAGUUACUAUCAUUGAACAGUGAUAGUUGUCAGUAUGCUUAAGUCAACUUGCUUCAUUCUAUACUCUUAUGGUAGUGAACUCUGUUUGAUUUGUCAUGGUUGGGUCAAAUAUUUGCUACAUAUUUCAAAUAAUGAACAGUUAAUCAAUGGUGUUCUAUGCACUGACAGGAAACAUGAGGAAAUGAAAGCAUGUUUUUAAGUUUACAUGAUACAGUGGUUUUGCUAUUUAACAGUUUGCUUAGAUGGUGGGCAGAGCACCGGUUGUACCUAUCUCUGAUGUAGUUAUUCUUGUGGUAAAGGUCUGAUGAGGAAUGGAGAAACGACUGAUAACAUACCCAGCUGAGUAGUUGCUGAUGAAGGAAUAUCCCCGACUCUCACCCCUGAAGCUCAUCAGAAGGUCUACAUCCAGGAGCUCUACACUCUGGUUAUAUGCCAGUUAACAUUAUAACAAUUCACAUGCUCUAGUCAUGAUGUUCUUUAAACAUUAUCCGAGAGAUUAAUUUCUAUUUUUUACUGUAAGUUGACGAAAUACUGAUAAAUAAUAUUCCAACAUGCUUGACAGCAAUGAUGCAUGCAUGGGUUUUAAUACUAGUAGGAUCCAUCAAGACCUGGGUAUAGUGUUAUGUUGGUUUCACCAGAGUGAUAAAUGUCGGGGACCUGCAUCUCGUUGGUCUUCCACAUCAAGCUGACACACCGUGAUACAACGUGAAUACUGUUGGGUGUUACACCCAACUCUCUCUCACUCACACACUCUCUGAGGAUAAGACUUUCUAAGCAGAAUAACAGAAAAGUUUCUUAUUGUUCAUACAUGUAUAAUUUAAUUCAUUUUCAUGUCUUUCAAACCAUGUGAUAGCCACUUAUAUUUUACUGAAUUUAUCAUAAUUAUAUGUAGAUUAUGUACAUUAUUUAGUCUUUGUACUUCCAUUUGUAUUGCACUUAUUAAAUGCUUAUCAAAGAAGUCUGAGGUUGAUCAAAACACCUAUCUUUUUUGCUCAUUUGCACAUUGCAGGUGAAAUUUUAAUCUAUGCAUGCUGUGAAACCUAGUGUAUAUAUGUCACUGUUAAUAUCCGACAAUGGAGCGAAUGUAUGUCUGAUUUGUGUGGUGUCUAACCUGUGCAUGUUUGUGCACAAUGCUGUUGUGCAGUCAGUCCUGCCUUAUGUUCAGGUCCAACCUGCAGGGAGUGCCAUAUAGGCUGUCAUCAAAAACAUAAUUGGUUCUCAAAGGAUUCAUUUCUAGGAUUUGGUAUUGGGCAUCAUGUAAAAGUUUCUCAUUUGGCAAGAGGAUAAAAUAUGUAGUGAUUUGAACAGAAAAAAGUCCCCUGAAAUCUGAGGCUCAGAUUUUGUAUAAAAGUAAUGAUUGUAUUGCAAUCCAUGAUGCUGAUGAAUUCAUUUUCCAUGAUGCUGAUGAAUUCAUUUAGACAAAAAAUAAUAAUGAAAUUUCUAGUUUCAGUUUGUCAAUUAGUCCUUUUUUAUAUACAGAAAAUAUGUAUUUGAUUUGGUUGACAUUUGAAACUGGACUACAUAUCCAGGUGCACUACGGUGAACUUUAGAACCAAGACUGUGUUUGCUUGUUUUACAGCUUUCUGAAAUGAGAUGUUCUGUUUAUACUCAUAUCAGUGAAAGGAAAUACCCUUCUGGAUUGUGGACAUGACAAGCUGUGACAGUGUGAGUGUAUGCCUGCCUUACUGACGGUUACAAGGAUGUCUUGUUUAACAUGUUUAGUGGUGUACUUUCAGUGAGGCCCCUUCUGUUCACAACCUAGGACCAUACUGUACUGAUAAAUUACAAGAGUGUUAGCUAAGACUUUAAUUGUAUAUGAUACUUAGAAUUACUAACAUUUAUUAUUUUCUAUCAAAAUUAGGUAGGACCUUUGUACAUUUGUAACACUACUGAUUCAGUUUAAGUGAGUGCAUUAUGACAGAGUUCUUUUUUUCUAGAUGUAGCAAUGCCAAUGCCCAUGUUCUGUUGUAUGUUAAACUUUCACAAACAUGGCAAAAAUGUCAACAACCAGGGAGAUGAACUUGGGUGCCCAGCAGUUUGAAUGUUAAGGGAAACAUUUAUUUUAAGGCAGCAUGUUUUUCUAAAGUUAUGCAGCCACCCCUUUAAUGUGCGAAGUGUAACAAAAUGAUGCAUUUGCUUUAAGCAAGCAAUGAAUGCUGUCAGAUGUCCUGAUAAUGUGGCAGGUUGUGCCCUGGCACUUCACUAAAGUCAGUAGUUGUACAGAUUUGAUUUAUAUCCUACAUUCUACAGUGAUCAGUGUUUGAUGCACAUGUGAAUCUAAAAAUAAACUGUAAAGAAUA